AUGUUCACUUUUCCAUCACACACCUUUUUCUUGCGUUAACUAUUAGUAUUCCAUCGUUCAGUACCAGUUAACCCUCGACCCGAGAAUGACGGCCAUUAAACGCAAAGCCGUUCCCUCGGCCACCCGGGCAAACAUUGGGGCCUUCAUCGUUCGUCGCGCUCAGCGUCGCCUUACAUCUACGCCAGCAUCCCAAAGUCCACCUGAAGAAAUAUCCGUGACUUCCGUUCCGCUUGCCGCAAGUCGAGUAUCGAUGUUGGCAGCCCAAGCGCAGACCGAUGGACCACCUCCCUCGACCCCUCUCAACCGAUGCGCAUGCGUGCGAUGCCAAAGACCUUUUCGUCGCUCCUCCCAAGGUGUCUCAUCUUUGCCUACUUCGGGAGACAAGCAGCUUUAUGAGGAUCUCGAACGGCGGGUACUCGAAGCGAAGAUGGAGAUGGCGGCGAUGAUCAAGGAGAGUCCGAUGCUCGCGGACGGUAACGGGGCGUUUGUGGGUGGGCCGGAGGAUGUGCUGCUUAAUUCGUUGGACGGAUGUUUGCGCCGGGUUCGAAGGCUCCGGAAUCCGAGGCAGCCGCAGCAGCGUACGCCGUCGAAUACCUUUGCACUGCCUAUCAUCAAUCCUAUACCUGUGACAACGAUUCCGGCUGGAGACCAGAGUACACCAGCUGCAGAGGCUGCCCCGGAAUCAAACCUCGACACGGAGCUACCAAGUAUUCAGAGUAGACUUGGACCAUCUCAUCGGUUAAUGGAACCUAGCGCAGCUUCCAGUUGGGAAACUCCGGAUGCUCACGGGCCUGCGGCGAGGGGCCAAAAACACGAUUUGGACGGAAUAUUCGGCGGCUUCGCAGCAGGCGCGUGUGUUGGAGUGCUCCUCGUUGCGGUCUUGAUAGUCCUCCGAUGCAUGCCCCUGCCAAUCCCUGAGUAUCAAAUUUGAGAUUCAUUGGGACUCUGAACGCGAUAUUCGACUACGGGAUACGCAAACCACAUGGAAAUAGCAACAAUUUCCACGAGAAAUGCAGGAGGAUUCGAACUUGGUGCAGCGCAGACUAUUUUCAACUAAAUGGAGUGGAAGAUCAGCCAAU